AUGAAUGCUCCGGAAGUUCAUGAACAUGAUAAGCUCUUUGUAUUUUCGGACUCCCGAACAUGUGAGUAUACGGUGAGCUCUCGAAAAGCUUCCGUACACAAAGCGGUGUCCGUCGAGGAUGCCCACCCUCUCCAUUCCUUUUUGACUUCGUCUCCAAAACCCCGGUGUCCAAAUAGUCUUGUCGAUCUGGUGUACGCAGACAACAUCGUUCUCAUCUCUGAAGGGGAGGAAAAGGCGCAAGUGUUUUUGGAUGAACUGACCAAGUCCUUUGGUAUGCAAUUUUCACCCACAAAGUGUAAGAUCAUACUCGUGGAAGUGCAGUCACUAAACACUCUACUUACAAUCGAGGUAGAGGUACUGGAAGUGUUGGGGAGUUUUACAUAUGUUGGAAGUCGUGUUAGUUCUGAUUGUAGUGUGACAGAUGAGGUGAAUGCGCGAAUCUGCAAGGCUCGGGCCGCGUUUGCUAAUUUGAGACACCUAUGGCGUCAGAAUGGUUUAUCUCUGAAUCUGAAGGGAUGUGUGUAUCAAGCUAUAGUACGGGCUGUCUUGUUGCAUGGCUGUGAGACUUGGCCUAUUCGAGCAGCGGACCUGAGACGUCUUCAGGUGUUCGACACUCGUUGUCUCAGAAGCAUGGCUCGUGUGGGUUGGUGUCGGCGAACCCGUGAGAAGGCAGUUAGAAAGCAUGUUUUCGGUUGUGUAACGGGUACUUCCAUUGAAAAAUGUGUCCAGCACCAAAAGCUGCGUUGGUUGGGACAUGUGUUACGUAUGCCGAACCAUCGUUUCCCGAAGAGAGUGCUGUUUUCCAUGCCCAAAUCAGAGUGGCGUAAACAGAGAGGUGGCGGGGGAGGUGGGGACCGCGUGAUCCUCACUGUGCCUGGUUGGAGACACUACAAGAUAUGGCUGCCAACCGAUGUCAGUGGCGUUCUUGUUAUUAGUUUCUAUCCAGAUUGCCUGACUCAAACACACGUUCCACUUGGUAUGUCAUACCGAAUCCAACUUGCAGAAGUUGAUUUGGGCAACCUACUGUUUGAAGACAAAGCUCCUUUGGAGUUCGACUCUUCGGGAAGUGUGUCAGAUCAGCACUUGCGUGAUAUUGCCAAGGAAUGUACUCGUCAUUUCUUUAAACUUUUCUGGGCCUUGCCAACUGAGGUUGUGGAUAACGUCACCAUAAGUAAACUCCCAAAACCAACAUUCCGUCUGCCGCGUGAGAAAAGAAUCCCAGCUGUACGCGACUUAACCAGAUGGGAACGUUUUGCAAAACUAAAAGGGAUCAAAAACAAGAAAAAGUCACGUAAAGUUUGGGAUCCGACCACACAGUCUUGGCGGCCUCGAUGGGGCAAGGAUCAUCCUUAUGAAGACCAGUUCGCCAAACUGACCAAGGAGAAGAAUGAACGCAGAGCGAAAAAUGAACUGCAGCGGUUGCGAAACAUUGCACGCGUAGUCAAACCGGGCCAAGCUCCUCCUGUAGGUGUUUUAUCAGAAUCGCAAGGGUCGAGAAACGAACUGAGCAGGGCGCUCUCAAUAGCCAAAGUGUCUGAUGCCUCUAUGGGACGGUUUAAUGCCCCACUGGACGAACGGAAGAUAUCCAAGAAAACCGAGAAAAAGAUGAAGCCACGUCUCAAAUUGAGUCAGGUUGUCGGCUCUAAAUCCACAAAGAAGUCAGCAAAAACACGGAAGCCACCAGCUAAGAAAAAACCUAUGAAAAAGAAAGGAUCCCGCACUGACCUAUCGCUCACAGGGAGCACCGUGAUCAAGAUUUCGGGAUGGAGGCAGCCUAAUUCCGAGAAUUCAAUAUUCCGACAUGAGAAUUUCUUUAUUCCUCCAAGCAAAUAUCAGUGGAAUCUUGUUAAACAUAGGCUAAAUUUCAUAGUGUAA